CUCAGCUGUCAAUGUCAGUCAUAUGAUUCACUGCAGCUCUUCAUUCAUUGUCAACAAAAAACUCAAAUUAUUGUUACUUACUUUUAAUUUAACGAUUUUAAAAGCUACAAAAUGGGUGAUGUUAAAGUGAUAACCUCAGAUUUCGUGCACGUCCAAAUAAGCACCUCGGUAAACCAUGCCACUUUCGGGGAGAAACGCUUUCCUAAGGACAUUACCAUAUCUGAACUAAAGGCUAAACUGGAACUGAUGACGGGCGGCAACUGCCACACCAUGAAAAUCCAGGUUUUCAAUGAUGAUAACAAACUGGUUACCACAUUAGAUGAUAAUAACAGACUACUUGGCUCCUACCCUGUAGAUGAUGGCAUGAGACUGCAUGUCAUUGAUAAGUUCGAAUAUAACCUUUUAGAAGAAUCUGUUGAAAAAUUUGAAUUAAAUGAAGAGGAGUAUGCUAAAAGGAAUGAUUCAGUUAAGUCUUACCUAAUGAAGAACAAAAUAGGGAAAUACAAUGAAGAAUACAUGAAAACGAAGGAGCAACAAGAAGCUGAGUCAAAAGCUUUAGCGGAAAGUAUGUCAGUUGGGGCCAGAUGUAAAGUUACAUGUACCAAUGCCCCAACAAGACUUGGAACUGUUAUGUAUAGUGGAACCAUUGAUGGACUCUCGGGGUAUUGGGUAGGAGUUAAAUAUGAUGAGCCUGUGGGUAAACAUGAUGGAUGUGUCAAAGGUAAAAGAUACUUUACCUGUCCAGAUAAAUAUGGGGCUUUUGUGAAACCUUCUUGCAUCCAAGUAGGUGAUUUCCCUGAAGAGGAUUAUGAUUUAAACGAGGAAAUUUAAAAAGUGAACUGUGUUUUAUUUUUACUCAGGUUGAACUUUAAAUUAUUUAGAACACUGUGCUGAUGCUUUAACUUUAUUUAUAUAUUUUGCCUUUUAUACGUUUAUUAAAUUUUUUUAGAUUUCA